UACCGCCGACACAUUAUGUCUCGACCCUCGAUAUCUCAUUCACAAAGUUUACUUUCUCCCUUCGAAGGUAUAUCCUGGAGUCACAAGUUUGGAUCUUUAAAUCGGAGAAGAAAAAAUGCGCCAAUAGUUAUCACUUCCUGUCCGCACAUGGACGUGUUGGACUGGCUUGCGAGGCUGGAUCUGGCUGAAUAUCGUGAUAAAUUCAAACAAUUCAGCGGAGUCGAAGACUUCUUAUACCAUAGCGAAGCCGACAUCAAAAAGCUCGGUAUACGAAAUAAUGCCCAUCGCGCUCGAAUUAUAAGCAGUUUAGUUGCGCUGCGAGACAAAUCUUCAACAGGAAGUCUGAAGCAUAUGGAGUCGUUGCGGAAAACGAUGCGGCACAGCGUGGCAGUGGAAUCGAGCAAAACUGGCAGGAAUAACGAGGACAUAACCUAUGAGUGCUUGACGGUCAGUAACGCCAAACAAAGCAAGAGUCUGGGCGAUCUGUUAGAUAUGGAAACACCCGACGGUGGCAAUGAGGCUGUCGCACUGAAGAAAGCCCUGGAAUGGGAACUGUCACUGGAUUCGAGAGAUUUACGAUCACACGCCUGGUACCACGGACCGAUUCCCCGACAGCGGGCCGAGGAGAUUGUACAGAAGGAUGGCGACUUCCUGGUGCGGGACUGCGUCUCCCAGCCGGGAAACUACGUGCUGACCUGCAGAACGAAGGGACCUACGCUGCAUUUUGUUAUUAAUAAGCUGCUGAUUCAGCCUGAAACUGUAUACGAGAGAGUACAAUAUCAGUUCGAAGACGAUGCCUACGACACAGUUCCUGAUUUGAUAACGUUCUAUGUGGGCUCAGGGAAAGUAAUCUCAGCAGCCUCCGGAGCACGGAUCCAGUUCCCCUGCAACAGACUCUAUCCGUUGUCGUUCUACGCUUCCAAGUAUGGCCAGCAAGUGGGUGGUGUUCGAGGGCCAAGCCCGCUUAACUCACCCUCCCCCGUACCGUCGUCACCUGGGUUUAGGUAUAAUCCAUACACCCAGCAAACGAACACAUAUCGAAGUCCGAUGUCUUCACCACCGCGAACAAAGCGUGAAACGCCACCUCGUUUACCUUCGAAGAAGCAACGAUCGCAAUCUCUAACACCAUCGCAAGGAGCCCAAGCGACACAGCAACGAUAUUGCAGUGCCGAUGGCGUUAUACAGGCCAACGGUUCCGAUGGUAAAACUAUUUCCAAACCUUCUCGUUUGAAUGGUUCAACCGAGAAGUGCAACAGUGCCGAUGGGGUCAUCCAGAACGACUCAAACCUGCGAACUACGCCCGUCGAUGAGAAAUGCUCAAGCGCGGAUGGAAUAGUGAAAACUCAAACCCUAACUCGAUCGGGGACAGUCGAUCCAGCUCUGAAGACAAGCUCCCAAUCUCUGCCGCGUUCCAAUAGUUUACGUUCAUCCCGAGGAAUAAUGGGCUCACGAACAUCCAGUAUUAACAAAGAAUCUAGUGAACAUUCAUUGAGCCCCUGUUUAGAGCACAAACAGUUUGCAGAGGCUGAAGAAGAGUCAGAACAAGCACCAAGUCCUCCUCCCAAACCAAUAAGGGGUGUCCAUCGGAAUGAGUCUAUGAAGGAAGUUGACCCUCAUGGGCCAGUUCAUCGAUUGGGCUCAUACCAUCCCAGUGGAUCGGAUUCCGGUAAUGGUUCCGGCGACUCUGCCCAAAGUUCUGCAACCGGAGAUGAAAUCGUCCUGCAGCAUCGUGGCGGAGUUAUAUUGAAAAAUCCACGCUUCAUUCCGAGUUCAAUGUCAUCCAUCACAUUACGAUCGUAUGCCGAUUUUGAUCCGGCGGCCGCCGAGGAAAUAUUGCUGUCUCUGAGCAUUCCAAUAUUCGAGCAGGUCUCGCGCUUUGAUUUGGAAAAUUUCAAUACCCUUUUGCUUCCAUUUUGUGACUACAAACCGUUGGACAGUGGUACCCUUAACACGUUCCGUAUGAUGUUGAGUGAAACGGGCUCCAGGGUGAUUGCGAACCACCUAACCAGGGUGGAUAUUAAUUUAAUUUUAGAAAAAGACGACGAGAAAAUAGACCACCCGCUCAACUGUACGGGACUGGAAUUGAUUACGCUGGAGCAAGGCAAACAAUUCCGACAGGAUCUGAUUGAGCGUACGGAGUGUUUGAAACUACUAGUAGCUGUAACUAUUUUGACCUGCCAAGAUGACCUGGAACGAGCUGAAACUUUGAAUAAAUGGAUUCAAGUAGCUGUGGAAACAAAAACUGCCCUCGGAAAUCUGUUCGGAUUCUGUGCGAUCAUGCUGGGAUUAUCGAUGCCUCAGAUCCAAAAACUAGAAACCACGUGGCACACGUUGCGCCAAAAGUACACCGAUAGUGCAUUCAAUUUUGAAGCUAAACUACGACCGACGCUCAACAGUAUGAAUGAUUGCUCGAACCCGCAGGCACCGAACACGACGAUACCGCACUUACUGCCAUAUAUACUGCUUAAGGAUCGCACAAUCAACGAUAUCAUGAUGGAUCCCUCCCAGCCUCAGAAUUCUACGCUGGUAACAAGCUGUGUUACUCCGUGGGAAACGAACACGCAGGACUUCGGAUUUUCCAUACUGUUUGCUCACCUGGACUCGGCACGAAGUUUUGUUAACAAUCUUUCCCUCUACCGGAAAAAUGCUCAGACCAUUAUGCAGGACACGAGUCGGUUCGAUUCCUUGCUGGAGGAGGCAUUCAGAACGGAAUUCCAGAUCAAGUUCCUCUGGGGCUGUAAAGGAUGCUUCAUUCCGGCUGAAGACCGUCAUGCCAAGUUCGAGCAUGUGCUCAGCGUGAUGGCAGACAAGUUUUGUGGCGAUUCGACGCAGAAUGCUGCUGGUUAACAACCAUUCGACUUGGAAUACUCUUUUUUUCUCCCUCUGCGCUAAAUUGUACAUCUGUUCAAUCUCUAAUCAUGAUUAAUCUAUGUAGCAUCUCAAAAAUUCCCAAUUUAGGUAAACAUUCUAGGCCACACUUUUAGCUCAAGUAUCGAAAGAAAGGAAAACAAGAAUCAAACAAAACAAUAAUUGAUAAACGGAAUCAUAAAACACAUUUCUAUAGCAGCGAUUGAUCUAGGAUUUUGAAAGUUUUUUUUUAAUAAUAGCCAAACAGUCAACCCCCUGAAAACGGGUGGUAAUAGGAGUCAAAGCAGUGGAGUGGGAUCCACUUUGAUAACACUCAAGUAAACUAGUCAAAAAAAAAGAAACAAAUAAUCGAAGUACUUAAGCGUUCAUUUUUGACACUGAUACGAAACGAUCUUUGUGAUUUGAUACAACUGUAUUUAUUUUAUAUUUACUGGAAGCACCAUAAACUGUUGUUUAAGAUAGUUUUAAAUGUGCGAGAUGAAGGCAACUUUUUUAUUAAACAGUAUAGUUGGUACAAUAAACCUAAGAAGAGUAUUAAAUUUUGCGGUGCAUAAUUCAAACUGACAAGAGAACACCUCAUUUCCGUUACCUUACACAAUCGACAGUAAAACCACAGUUGAAUCUUUCUCCAAAGUUUAUAUGAAUGAUCUAUUGAUAAAGCAGACUGAUUAUAUAGCGUCUGAACGGAAUGGAUUUCUUGGAAACAUUGCAUUUAGUUGACUCUUUCCAAAGCAAUAUUUAAAAUUAAUACCAAAUUAGUGGUUCUGUUGGUGAACCCACUACGAAAUGGAAAUAUUUUUUAUCCAACUAACUAUGAUUCCAAAGCUAUCUCUACAUUUUAUACCUUUCCCUACCGUAAACGUGAAGUAGCACUAUGUAGACAAGUAUGUAAAAUACAAAAUGCAGAAUUAUCUGAAUAAAACAAGAUAGAAUAUAGACAGUUAUAAAUGAAAAGUAAAGUUAAUCAAUAAUACAUUUUGAACAGGAAACUGUAUGAUAAUAAAAAAUAACACACCAUUUAUAAUAACUUCAUAGCGAACACAGACAUUCUCAUUCUCACUCACAUGUUGAAUAAGCAACUUCAGUAUAGUCGCGUUUAUGUUGAAUUUUAAAACAUCCAAUAUUAGGUUGGUACACCAUACCCAAUAUCUGUAUCUCCGGACUACAAGAACAAAAUCCUAAAUCUGGGUAACACCUACGACAAAGCAUAGCGUAAAAUCGUUUUUAUUUACAUUACCCAGUUACAGGACAUAAUCGAUUUCUCUUAAAAACUCUGAAAAAUGAUAGCAAAAACGAUGAUUUGGACGUUGAGAAAAUGCAACAAUAUGAACUUUGAGCGGGUGAAAAACUGGUAAAGAAAAGUAUUACGUAAUACAAGGUGGUGAGCGUAUUGUAUAUACUAAAGGUCAACAGAGAAGAAGGGCUUGACAUAUACAUGCAAUACACACAGACACAGUGACACACCAUUAGCGCAUAAAAGUAUGAUAUUUGAUAUGUAAUAAAU